UAAGAAGAAAGCUGACUAUUUCUUCCUCUUCCCCAAAAAUCCCUCAACUUUUGUUUCUUUUUCUUCUCUCUCUCAUCGCCCAAACUAACGGGUCGGCCUUCUCCCUUCCCGAGAUCCGCCGAUCCAACACCCGGAGCUCUCUGUACUCCGGUGCGGGUCUCGGAUCCUGCAACCCAAACCCGAUAUCUCGCCCGUUUCGCCCGGUUCAAGAUGGUGUCGGCCAAUCGCGAAAUGGCGGUCUACUGCUUCGAUACCCUCGUUGCCCAUUACAACAGCGAUCAGGCGCCUCCUCCCUCUUUCGAUGAAGGCGAACACCCACUGUUUGUUACUUGGAAGAAAGCUAUUAAUGGUGCUGAGCCACGCUUACGGGGUUGUAUUGGUACACUAGAAGCUCGGGACCUGAUCAAUGGUUUUAGGGAUUAUGCUUUAACUAGUGCGCUGAGGGACCGCCGAUUCUCUCCAAUACAAGCUAAAGAAUUACCAUUUUUGGAAUGUACAGUUUCCGUACUAACUAAUUAUGAGUCUGCUCUUCACUACCUUGAUUGGGAGGUUGGAAAGCAUGGUUUAAUUAUUGAGUUUACUGACCCUGAUAACAAUAUAAGGCGCAGCGGAACUUACUUGCCAGAGGUGGCUGCCCAUGAAGGUUGGACAAAGAUCGAAACUAUCGAUUCAUUGAUGAGGAAAGCGGGAUACAAUGGGCACAUCACCGAGGCACACCGCAAGAGGCUUAACAUCACACGCUACCAGAGCACCCUCUACACCAUGCACUUCAAUGAAUAUGUCUCCUACGUGAAGACAACAAGAGGGGCUCCCCCUCUGGAGCUUCACCGGAGGUGCGGGAUUAAAAGGAGCGAGAUCUGA